CAUUUUUAGGGUUUCAGCCGCUGCCUUUGAAUUCUAGAGUGUUCUCCACUUCUCCCAAAAUUCUACCCUAAUCUCAUUACAAUCCGCCGUUCUCACUUUCCAGAUUCAACGCUCCAAACAUUUUCUACAAUUCAAGUCUUCUCCACAAGCCACGGCUGCCGAUGCUCUCCAUCUUCAUCUCUCUCCCUCUGCCUCACCCUCUAUUUCUUAAUCCCAUCUCCCUCGACCUAUCUGAUUUCGCGACAGAACGGUGGUAAAGCCCUACAUCCCCAAUCCACCCACUCCGCCCUCUCAUCUAGGCACUGCGUCGCUCCACGCGGCGUCGCCUCCUUCCUCGCCGACAACGAAUGCUCCGCCGUCUCCUUCUGCAUAGCCCGUAUCCAGCCGCCGCCGUCCGGGUUUCAAACGACGGCUCCAGAUCUCGGCUUCUUCCCUAGUGACACUUAUAUUCUUCUUAUUCCAGUCUUCAUCUGCACAGAAAAUUCAAAUAAAUCAGCCCACAAUUUUGGAGUGUAUGUAUAAAUCAGAAAAUUAUGUUGUAAUAAUUGGGCGAAUUCAUCAAUUAGGGAGCAUUUAUAAGGCUUUAGCGGUGUUGAUCGGGAAUUAUUCAAUGGAAGCCAAAGCGGAGGGGAACAAGUAUAGCAUAAUCGUUCCCACUUUCAACGAGCGCCAAAACAUCGCUCUGAUUGUUUACCUCAUCUUCAAGCAUCUCCCGAAUGUAAAUUUUGAGAUCAUAGUGGUGGAUGAUGGGAGUCCUGAUGGAACUCAGGAAAUUGUCAAACAGCUGCAGGAAGUAUAUGGAGAAGAUCGUAUCUUGUUGAGACCUAGACCAAAGAAGCUUGGCUUAGGGACGGCCUACGUUCACGGUUUGAAACACGCAACUGGAAAUUUUGUUGUCAUAAUGGAUGCAGACUUAUCACACCAUCCAAAAUACCUUCCAAGCUUUAUCAAGAAACAAAUGGAGACAAGUGCUAGCAUAGUUACUGGGACUCGGUAUGUAAAAGGUGGUGGGGUUCAUGGCUGGAACUUGAUGCGCAAAUUGACGAGCAGAGGAGCCAAUGUCCUUGCACAAACAUUUCUAUGGCCAGGUGUAUCCGACCUGACCGGAUCAUUCAGGCUUUACAAAAAAUAUGUGCUUGAAGAUGUUAUAAACAACUGUGUGAGUAAGGGGUAUGUUUUCCAGAUGGAGAUGAUAGUUAGAGCUUCAAGAAAGGGUUAUCACAUUGAAGAGGUCCCAAUCACAUUUGUCGACAGAGUAUAUGGAAGCUCAAAACUCGGGGGAUCGGAAAUAGUGGAGUAUCUCAAGGGGCUUUUAUACCUUCUUGUCACAACUUGAAGAGAAUGAAAAGUGGAGCAUUUUGCAGAGUUUUCUAACCUUCCCAUUUUGAAGCAAGAAACAUAUCAGUUCUUUGCGCCUAUUGUACCACUAACUCAAUUUUGAUGCGACUGUAAACUAUUUUUAGAUUAGAAAUUAUAGUUGAUGCGACAGUAACCUGAUAAUAUGAUAAAAAAAAAAGAAUAUAUUUAUACAAGGUGUUUUGAAA